AUGGACAAAAUGUUGAACCAGCAACCAGCAAGGUUGGAACGCAGAAUCAAUGGAGCUAAUGAUCGUUGGCGCUUCUCAAAAGAGACUAACCUGGGUGACCUUCUGGGGCUCUCCCAGUUAUCAAGAGCAACUGGAGAAGAUAUCGAUAGUGAGCUAAAGAUGAUUGACAGGUUACAUAUUCCACAUCUUCAGAAGAUCUUAACUGGUGGAAUUAAAAAAAAACCCAGCCAGCACUCAGUGGCAGGAUGCCAAAGCCAGACUCGGAAUAUAGCCAGCAGGGGAAGUACUCAAUCCAAAAAGAAACAUACUUGGGAAGCCGAGUCAAGAGGAUCCAACCUUCAACCAUGCCAAGAUGUGACCCUUGAAUGUCUGGGCUUCAAAUGGGAACUCCAUCAACCCCAGCUCUUCAAUUCAGGAACCCUAACGAAGCUCUACAUAUAUGCAUUGUCCCAGAAAACCACAGACCCCCUGAAAGAUUUGGAGAAACUUUUAAGAGCUCAAUCACCCAAGGAAAUCAAAGAAAAGUCUUCAGUGAAGAAGAUAGUCAUUUCCUUGAAGAUUAAUGAUCCACUAGUCACUAAAACUGCCUUUGCCACAGCCCUGAAGAGUCUAUACAGCAGUGACACAGAGGUGCAAAUGGAGGAUGUCCUGGGAGUUUUGGCAUCUGCACACAUUCUCCAGUUCUCUGGUUUGUUUAAAAAGUGUGUAUCCAUGAUGAAGGAUGGAAUUUUACCUUCCACCAUUCAUACUUUUUACAUGGCUGCCUGCAAGUACAAGGAAGAAUCACUUAUUUCGGCCUGUGAGAAGUGGCUAGAAAUGAACUUGGUUCCUCUGAUUGGGAAGCAGAUCCACCUCCGGACAAUACCUCAAGAACUACUCCAGAAAGUACUCCGAUCAGACAGGGUAUUUACUUUCAGUGAGUUUGAUCUUCUAAAAACAGCACUAUACUGGGUCUAUCUCCAACUAAACCUCAAAAUUCAAUCAGUUCCAAUCUAUGAAACUGUCCUGGCGUUUUUUCACAGCUUCCCCAAGAAGUGUCCAUUUUUGGAACGGGAAUUGGGACAGAAGUUCUUGCCUGUAUUUCUUUGUUUGCGUCUACAUGGCAUCACCAGUGGCAGGCACCUGGAAGAUAUAAAGCACAUUAACUUCUUCCCUGAGACUUGGCUAGUCCGGAUUUUUGCCAACCAUUACCAUGCACUUGAGAGUGGUGGAGACAUGUUUCAUGCGAAAGACCUUACUACUCAAGCUGUAAGAUUUGGUCUCCUAAUUAACCAGGAAUUCAAGAUUUACUCAGAAACAAUUGGCGUAUAUGGGUUCUUCUUUGAAAUUAGGGGAAUCAAACAUGGUGACUUCUCCUAUAGUUUUUACAUGCAGAGAAUCAAAUAUUCAGACACGAACUUACCCGCCGCCAUAGCUGAGAGGAGCCCAGUUAGCCUCAGACCAGAACGCCUAGUGAAAUAUGAAAUCAGAGCACAAUCUUUGGUGAAUGGAAAUUGGCAGGAGUUCAGUACUAAUCCAAUGACCCAAAAAUUUGGACUUAACAAGUCAACUAGCAAAAGUCAUACCUUGAAAAUCGAAACUGUGGGCAAUCCUAUCUAUGUGGCUUUUGCGUUCAUUUUUCCGGUAUCGUGACAGUUUCCAAAA